CUCGACCGUUUUUGUGGAAUUCCGAGUGCACCAGCACAUCGUCGUUAAUCCAAUAUCAUAACCCCACCUCGUUUCGUGCCUCCAUAGGUUUUUGUUUCGUGUUACGAUUCUAGUCCCUUUGAUUUGUCUGGCCCAACCCACCACAGAGUCCGGCUUAAAUGGGAUCUAGUAUGCUCUACAGGCCGGAGUGGAUUGACCGAUAACAACCUAUCAAAGGCAGAAGACGAGGAGAGAAGAACAAAAGGGAACCAUAAAGAUAAGAAGUAGAUCUUUCUGGCUCGUUCCAGAACGGAUUUGUUGCACAAUAGAAAUAGAAUAGGGUUUUCUGGCAUGGCAGAGGCUGCUGCAACGCAUUCUGUAGAUGCUCUGCCAUCGCCAAGCAGCGUCAAUGGAAAGGAGCAGCAACCAUGGGAUUUCUCCGUCCCAAUCAGCCAAGACUCCCAGCCGCAAAAUGCACAUUCAUUCUCUAAGCCACGAACCUCGAACGAUUCGACCGCCACAUAUUCAAAGUCAAGUCCGCGUCAUAACCAACCUGCUCUAGUCAACGGAGCCUCACGAUCUGGGAACUCCUCGCGGUCUGGCUCGAGGCAGGGCGACACAGGAUAUCUCCUACCCAACCGAGUAGAUGCGUUGGGCAAGCGGGAACCAACUCUCAGCAGGACGGGCAGUGAAGUAGAUAGUCUUUUGGAUUUGUAUGGUCGAGAAUCAGCCAACAGGAGUGCAGUGAGCGUAAUGGAAUCCGAGGAAAAGAAGACUGACAAUGUUGGCUUCAGUAACGAAGAAUUAGACAGUGCUAAUUGGAUUCAUCGGGACAAAUUGGCUAAAAUCGAGAGUGAGGAAUUGCAACAAUUUGGCAUUCAGCUCCACCAGCGACAGGUUCGUGCCGGAAGCAAGUCAAGCAGCAGACGAGGCAGGAGCCACGAUUCCCAUAACAAUGUCACAAACGGCACGGUGGAGAUUGGCGAACAAUGGCCUGGAACACGUGAAGAAAAACGACAGCGGAUCACAUCCCCAGUGCCUGUUGAGUAUGAGGAACAAGAACCAGAUGACAGUGGACCGGUCGUUUUCGAAGACCCUCGCUUACCCGAGGAAAUCGCUGCAGAUCCGUACGAGGAAGGAAGAAACGCUUCUCAAGUAUAUCGCCAAGCUUUUGGACUUAGGAAAAGUUCUUCGAAAAUACCCGUUUUUGCGACCAGUCCCCAUCCUAUCCCCCUAGAACACCUAGAACGCGAAUUCCCCCUAAAUCGCACACGCAACAACACCCUUGGGAGCGGAGAUGAUGACAGCAUUUCAUAUGCUAAAACUCGCAAGUUCAGCGAUCCUCUAUCAAUCGCAGCCGGUGACGCUCCUGAACCAGAAAUCCAGCCGCAAUCGCUGCAACAAACGGAGCGGCAAGCAAGACCUCAGGCGCAACCAUUGACCUCAUCGGACUCGACUCCUCCCACGAGCCGACCCACUAGUGGCAGUAUCACUUAUCAACAGCAAGCCUCUCCUACGAAACCGAAGGCAACUGCUAGACACUCAAGCACCGCCCGUAAAUCAUCCAAUCCCCCGAAUAAUCGCAAGCCAUCAACAUCAAAACCCAAAGCGACGGCCGGCAGCAGCAACAAUAACAGCUCCAUCAGCUCCUCAAAUCCGCGUCCGUCUACUAGAUCUGGGGAUGAUCGCCCCCGGACCUCAGUUAACCGUCCAGAGGGAGAUCCGCCAUGGUUGGCGACCAUGUAUAAACCCGAUCCACGCCUACCACAAGACCAACAAAUUCUCCCCACCCAUGCGAAAAGACUCCAACAGGAGCAGUGGCAACGAGAGGGCAAAGUUCCAUCUACGUAUGACCGAGAAUUCGCACCCUUGGCUAUUAAUGAAGUUAGCAAACCCACUCUUCCCAAUCUGGAUGUCGAAAAAGCACAAGAAAACAAUACCGCUUCCUCCCUCUGGCCACCAACACCGACGGCGAAAUCCCCGGACAACAACAAUCGCCCAAGUACAGGCGGGACGGACCAUGGUGGUUACAAAACUACACCAACGGUGCAAUCCUCCCUAUCUCCAAAGCCCUCACAGAUCUCGCAACCGAAACCACAACCUCCACCUGCGGAUGAUCCGCCAGUGAAGGAGAAAGGCUGCGGUUGUUGCGUUGUCAUGUAA